AUGAGAUUGAAACAGACAUCUGCAAUUCUGGCGUGGAAACCCAUCGCAGUGAAAUCGUCCAAGAAGCGACAAACUACCAAGAGCUUUAUACAGGUUUCGUUAAAUUCUGUGUCUCAGAAGAAAGUUUCAAAGUUGAUUGACAAAGUAAAGGAAUAUUCCAAAGUUCAGGGUCCAAAACUCACAGAGGAAGUACUGUCUCACUGUGCAUUUCAAAAGGAGCUUUCAGAAAUGCUGGGUAAACCAGCCAUCUUGAAGCAUUUAAAACAGCAGGCUUCUCUUAUUGGUCAUAUGGACAAGCUACAUCUUUUAAAACAAAGUACAAUAUUUAUGGAGUUUGGAGCAGGGAGAGGGAAAUUGUCUCAUUGGCUUCAAUUGGCACUGGGGAAUUCUGCAAAAGAUGUAGACUAUCUCCUUAUUGACAGAGCAAGUAACAGGUAUAAGUAUGAUCGUUAUCACAGAGGUGGAGAUCAAGGACCAUCCUUCCAGCGAUUAAAUUUGGAUAUUGAACACCUUGAUUUAAGUAAGGUGCCGUGUAUUGAAAACAGUAAGCAUCAAAUUGUUGCUAUCAGCAAACAUCUUUGUGGGGCUGCCACAGACUUGACUCUAAGAUGCUUGAUGGAAACGCUAAAUAAUUCGGGAGAGAGAUCAGGUCAACACACAAUUGCGGAAAAGGGCACAGAUGAUAGGGAAAACAAGAGGAUGAAGUUAUCUCCCAAUAGCAACCGAGUGGAAGGUGUGGUAUUGGCCUUGUGUUGCCACCACUGUUGUUCUUGGCCUCAGUAUGUUGGUCGGCCUUUUCUUCAGAAUCUUGGCUUUACAGCAGAAGAAUUCCAUCUGCUGUGUUGUCUUAGUAGCUGGGCGACCUGUGGUAUAAGCCUCAAGAAACGACGCAAAGAAUUUGCUGCACAACCUUAUAAUAACAGAGUCGAUAACACGGACAGUGAUAGUUGCGAUAGUGAUGGAAAUGAGGGAAAUAUUUCAGAGGAUAAAGGAAAGAGUCAGAGCGACGAUGAAGACAGAUGGUCGCAUUACACCGUAUCUGAGAGAGAAGAAAUAGGUCGACAGUGUAAGCGGCUCAUAGAUGCUGGCCGUCUGUGGUAUCUGGAGUCACAUGAUUUAAAUGCUAGGCUCGCAUUCUAUGUCGACUCCACCGUUUCGCUGGAAAACGCUGUUCUUUUAGCGACUCCGAGGACUUAACUUUGUCGAAGAACAAAAUAGAUUACAUAGAACUCCGCUUUAGAAAAUGUAUGUUGCGGAGGGGAACAAUAACGUUAUGUUUCUAUGGGUGAUGCAAGCAUACUGGCCGUCACUGAACUGUCCGUUUGAUCGUCCAGGAUGGAUGCCACCUCUCGGACCCCCGUCGGCCAAGAGGACUGGAACUUAGUUAGGACAUGCCUUUAUGCAUAACCGGUUGGCUUUCACUGAUUUGCUUGCGAUUAGCUUCACUCUGGUUUGCGUGAAGUAGUAAAAGCAAAUUAUAAUGUAAGUGUCAAGAGGUUGGUGAUUCUGGUGGGUGGCAUUUAAUGCUCACUGUCCGUCCAUAGCGCGCUAAAUUUAAGUAGUUACUUGCUCGCCAUUUUGAAAAGGUUGCUUUCAUGCCCGUCCCUCUUCACUCACUCUUUGUUCCUCACCAGUCCAUUUUCUAAUUUUUUUUCCAUUAAGGUUGCAAACGAAUGUAAAAUACCUUAACUUUACAAAUGAAGUUCUCACUGUCUAUAAGCUAAAAAUGAUAGUAAAAAUAAAAAUAAACAUAUUGACACGUGCCAGGAUAACUAACUUCAGUUAUAACAACUGUUUCCGAUGUAGGCCCUGUGUAAAUAAAAUAAACUUUAUGAAAUAAAUAAACAAGAGAAACCUG